AUGGCGACCGGCUCCAUCCCGCCCUUCCAUAAUUGUGAAUUUUUGCUGUUGUUGUGCUGUUCUGUGCAGGGCAAGGUCCGUGCUGUGGCCGAGGGCUCCUGUGGCUGCUCCAGCCCCUCCCCAGGCUACGACUGCCACGAGUCCAGCAGGGCCUCCAGGAGCAGCCAGGCAAUCAUCAAAUAUUUGCAGGACCAAGGAGUUCUGAUCCUGCUCACAUCCUCAGCCUUGGCACGAGAGGAGGCUUCAAAGAAUCCCAAGGCUGGCAAGGAAUUCACUUCCAGGAGUGACAUCUCCUUAAAAAUCACCUCAGUGCUGCCUGGGCUCCGCUAUGCUUUGAGGAAAGCAGCCAAUUCCUCCUGGGAUAACACAGCAAUCCAGGAACACCUCCGGGAAUAUUCCAAAAGCCAGCAAAAAUCCCAACCCCACAACGUUCCCGUUCCAUGCCAGGAUGAAGGGAUUCAACCAUCCCAAAAAUUCCUGGGGCCAUCCCUGGCCCAGCUACGUCGUUACCUGGCCCAGCCCAGCUCUUACACCUUGGCCAUCCCAGCGGCCCUGCAGAGCAGGGAGGCAGCCAGGAAAAAACUCAACCCUGCUGCCAAAAAUUCGGCAUCAAGCUGCAGCCAGGCCAUGCUGAAACUGGCCAAGCUGCAGCUGCCACACGGCAGGAAAAGAGGUGAGAGAUGGGGGGAAAAAAUGGGGGGAAAAUGGGGAAAUGGGGUUGGAUUGCUGGUUGUCCUGCUCAGCCAGGAGUGUCCCAAGAGCUGCAGCAUCCAGAAAAAUCUCAGGGUUCCCUGUGAUGAAUUCCGGGGUGAAUUCCCUGCAGUCAUUCCCUUCUCUCUGUGCUCCAUUCCCAGCCCCUGGGAUCCCGAUCUCCCCGAUGACGUGGAGGGGAUGAAGCUGAUCCUGCACAUGUGGGUGGCUCUGUUCUACAGGAAGCCCAGCAAGCUCCUGAGCAGCUCCAGGAAAGUCGUGGAGCACAUCAAUCCCAAAAAAUUCGUCUCCAUCAACAGCUCCAGUGCCUUCCUGGAGCUCAGUGACGACAGCCAGGAUUGCUUUGGCUUCGAGACGAGUCCUGCAGACUCUGGCUCAGAUCCUGAGCAGACUCCCAGCCCUUCCCUGGGUCCCAAUUCCUUGGAUCCCAGCCCCUCUCUGGAUCCCAAUUCCUUGGAUCCCAGCCCCUCUCUGGAUCCCAGCCCUUCCCUGGAUCCCAGUUCCUCUCUGGAUCCCAGCACUUCCCUGGAUCCCAAUUCCUUGGAUCCCAACUCCUCUCUGGAUCCCAGCCCUUCCCUUGAUCCCAGCCCUUCCCUGGAUCCCAAUUCCGUGGAUCCCAGCCCCUCUCUGGAUCCCAGCCCUUCCCUGGAUCCCAAUUCCUUGGAUCCCAGCCCCUCUCUGGAUCCCAGCCCCUCUCUGGGUCCCAGUUCCCUGGAUCCCAGCCCCUCUCUGGGUCCCAGUUCCCUGGGUCCCAGCCCCCUUUCCCAGCCGCAGAUCGCUGUGGGUUCCCGGCCGGGCACGGACGGAGCUGUGGCCAGCUCGGUCUCCUCCUCCUCCUCGGUGUUCUCCUCCUCGGGGGAGCUGCCCCAUGAGGAGGAGGAGGAGGAGCCUUCCUCCCCCAGCUGUCGGCAGGGUUCCAGGGACGCUGGGGCCGAGGCGGGCAGGGAGCAGGAGGCUCCCCAGGAUCACCCGCACCCCGAGGAUGAGGAGGGGAUGGGAGGCUCCGGGCAUUCCCUGGGUGCCGAUCCCUGCGAUCCCACGGGCUCGGAAACGAAUCCUGGAGGAGCCACUGAGGAAAGGGAGCGAGGCCAGGAGCCCCCUGAGCGCUCCGGAAAAGAGGAGAGGGAGAAGGAGGAGGAGAAGGAGGAGCUGGAGGAUGAAAUGCCCUUCCUGGGCCCUGUGGAUUUGGUGCUGUCCGAGAGCAGCGAUGCCGAGAUGGAAUCUGAGCACAAUCCGGGCAGUUCGGUGACUCCAGAGGAGCCGGCUGCUCCUGAACACGAGCCCGUGCCCAGCCCCACCUCGCUGGCAUCGCCGUGUCCCCACAGAUCGUCCCCAGCUGUGUCCCACGGGGCUGGGCCUGACCCUGGGGACACCUCACCCAACCAGGACGGGCUCCCAAAUCCCCGGGAUGUUCCGGACACGCCGGAUCCAGAGACCAGCAGCGCUGGAGUGGCCGGACCAGCCGAGCUGGGGACACCCCACGGGGACAGUCCUGGCAGCGUUCCAGACAGCCCAGCACACCCCGGGAAACUCCGGGAGCCUGCCGGGAGCACGGAGAGUCCCCGCGGGCCGGGAUCGACCCUGAGCCUGUCCCCACACCCCAGCUCGCCGUGCCUGGGCCCUCCCCAUGGAUCCCUGCACCCCGGGGCUGCUCCGGAGGAUCGGCACAAGGACAGAGGCCGGGCCGAGGCUGAUCCCGAGGAGUCAGAGCCAGGGGGGCACGGGGCUGUGGUGGAAGAGCAGCAGGGGAGCCCCCAUGCCCAGUGCAGGGAGGAGCUGGGUGAUGCCAUGGGGACACGGGAUGGCCGGGACUCGCCCUUGCCCUGCACGGACACGGGAGGUGACUGCAGGGCUGAGCACAGGGAGGAUGAGGCAGAGAAUUCCCCUGGGAAUGACACAGAGAUCCCUGUCUGUCACCUCCUGGAGUCAGAGCCCCCCUCCUCCAGCAGGGAGGAGAUCUCAGCCAUCGAGGAGCUGCCCAGGCAGCACCAGAACAUCCCAAACACCACCAGAGACUCAGCUCAGAACAUCCCCAACAUCCCCAGGGACUCAGAUCAGAACAUCCCAAAAAUCCCCAUGGACUCAGCUCAGAUCAUCCCAAACAUCCCCAGGGACUCAGCUCAGAACAUCCCCAACAUCCCCAGGGACUCAGAUCAGAACAUCCCAAAAAUCCCCAUGGACUCAGCUCAGAUCAUCCCAAACAUCUUCAGAGACUCAGACUCAGCUCAGAUCAUCCCAAACAUCCCCAUGAACUCGGCUCAGAACAUCCCAAACAUCUUCAGAGACUCAGACUCAGCUCAGAACAUCCCAAACACCACCAUGGACUCAGGCUCAGCUCAGAACAGCUCCAUGGACUCAGACUCAGCCCAGACCACCCCCAUGGACUCAGGCUCAGCCCAGACCACCCCCAUGGGCUCGGUCUCAGCCCAGACCACCCCCAUGGGCUCGGUCUCAGCCCAGACCACCCCAGGCAGCCCCGGAGCUCGUGCCCGAGCCUGUCCCGCGGUUGUGGCCGUGCGGGACUCGGUGCUGUGCCGUCUCUGGAAGCCGGGCCGGGCCGGGGGAGCUGCCCAGCUCAGCGUGGCUGCCUGGAGCCUGGAUGGCUCCUUCCAUCCCAGCUUCUCCCAGGAGCUGAUCCAGCCCCCAGCUCCCUGCUCCCCCCGGGAUGUCCCCAGGAGCCCGGCUGGGGAUGCCGGGGGAAGCCCUGCAGAGGAGCCCUUUCCCCCUGAGGAUCUGGAAGCUGGCAGCAUUCCCAGCCCUGCCCCUUUCCCAGGCCCGGAAUGUCCCCUGUGUGAGCCCUGGGAUGUGUGUGAGCACAACCCCGAGGAAUCCCCGGCAUUCCCUGAUCCCGACUGUGCCGAGGUGGGAGAGGGAGAAAUUCCCGCUCCUCCCAUUCCAGCAUCACCGUGGGAUGAGCACGGGGAUCCCUCCGGAGAAGCCCUGGAGCUCAGUGAUGCCGAGGGUGUCUCACACGUGCUCCCAGCAGAGGACACACAUGAGGGCUUGGCCUUUGAAGAUCCCUUGGAGAAUUCCUUUGGUGACUCCGAGCAGGAAUAUUUUGAGGGCAAUUCUCGCUCCUCGUUUCCAAGCAGGAGCUGCUGCAUCGUGAGAUCCGUGGACGCUGCCGGAGCAAGGACUAAGCGGGACAGCUCGUCCAGGAGCUCGCUGCACUCCCAGGACUGGGACUGCCACAUGCCCAGGGAUUCCAGGAGCUUUGUGGUCACCAGGCAGUGCCAGGAGAGGAUGGAGAAUUUCCCCCUUCCCAAAAGGCGCGGCCACCGUGCCCAGGAACGUCACCUGGGGCGGUCCCUGCUGGGGAGCUGGCGGGGCUUGGAGGAGAUGACGCAGAGCACGUUGGACAUGGAGUGUCUGCGCUUCCAUCACAAGCUGAAGGAAAUCCUGAGGAGCGGCAAACCCUCCUUUUCUACCUCCAAGAGCAUCUUCCCCACCGCCCCCGUCCCGCUGUCCCCACGCAGCAGGAGCCCCUUGCAGGUGACAAUUCCGCCCUCGGACACGUGGCCGGGGGAGCUGCAGCGGCCCAGGGAGUUUUGGGCCAGCAGGAGGAGCAGGUCCCGGGCCCGGAGCCGCGAUCCCAGAGCUGCCCUUCACCUUGGGAAGCUGCGCUGCGAGCACACAGCGCCCGAGCCGCGCGGGGACAUCAGCGGCAUCCUGGACGAGUAUUCCCAGUUCCACAGGGUGCUCCUGGCCACGCCUGAGGCCACCAGGGACCCCCCAGCGCUGGGAGAGGCCGGCAAAGGCCGGGCUGGGAUGGGCCAGCCCAGCAGGGUGGGGCCAGCAGCGAUGGUGGCCGAGCUGUGCGGGGCCCUGCGCUCCCAACUGCGCCGCGUGGCUGCCAGGACACGGCCCGGAAUGUUCUACCUGCUGGAGACCGCCAAGGAGCCCUUCUUCGACACCGUGAAGGCCCUGCUGAAGGCAGAGGGGUUUGUGAGGACGGAGCCCCCGAAUUUCUGCGGAGCCAAAGGCGAGGACAGCGAGCGGCUGCUGGUGAUCGUCAGGAACCAGGACAUCUCCUCCCACAUCCACACUGUGCCCUGCCUGCUGCAGCUGAAGCUCUGUCCCAGUGUGGUGUUUGCUGGUGUGGAUGAUCCCCAGGAUGUGACAAGUGACACAUUCCAGGAGCUCUUCCAGGCUGGAGGCUUCGUGGUGUCUGAUGAGGAGCUGCUGGAGAGGGUGACCCUGGGCCAGCUGCAGGACGUGGUGAAGGUUCUGGAGCAGCUCAACAGGAAUGGGAGGUGGAAGUGGCUCCUGCACCACAGGGAGAGCAAAAAGCUCAGAGGAGACCUCAGGGCCGAUGCCGAUGCCCAGAGGAAGCGGCUGCUGCUCCGCUGGUGCCAGGGGGAGGAGCUGCUGGAGCUGCUGCCCUUCCACGGCUGCGACUCCGGCCCGGCUCCCGAAUGGCGGCGGGUGCAGUGCCUGCAGGAGCUGCACGUGCAGCACAUCCACGCCAGGUUCGCCGUGUUUCUCACAGAGAAUCCCGGCAGCAGCAGCAGCAGGGAAAUCCUGGAAAGCAAAGGAAUUCUCGUGGCUGACAUCAACACCUUCCUGGGGACGGUGCAGAAAGUGGCUGCUCCCUUUAGAAGAAGUUACUGGUGACAAAGCGAGGACGCGAGGACACAGCUCCUCCCCAGGCCCUGUGACACCAGUUUGGGCAUCCCAGUCCUGCUGGGAACAUCCCCACACUCAUCCCAGUGGAUCCCCACACUCAUCCCAGUGGAUCCCAGCUGCUCCUGGGGGUGGGGGAAGGUCGGUUUAAGCUCUGUACAGAAAUUUUAUUUAAAGGUGGGAAAUGCAAAUCCUCGGGGGAUUCAUUCCCUGCCGUCCUGCCUCCCACGGGGAGGGUUCUUCUAACGGUACAGGUAAAUUAUUGGAGUGGCUCCAGGUCUCUGGUGGAGCUGCUGUUGGAACAGACAAAUUAAUUUCCUAAAAUGGACUUGAAGGUUAAGGAAUGAGGAUAAAUAAACAACGUGGUUUUUGCUGUCCAGGCCCACACUACAUUUCAGCUCAUCCCUGCUGCUUCGUGGUACCAGAUCCCUGCUGGGACAUUCCAGCACGUGGAGUCCUUGUAAAUACAGGAAGCUGGGAUGCAGGAACAAAUAAGCUCUUAUUUAUGGGAGGAAAAGCCCCAUUCCCAACCCAGCUCCACAGGGCAGGGGCGUCCUUUGAGUUCUUUUUAAAUCCCAGACUGCCAGGCCGUUGUGUACAGGAUGACUUUGUAAAGAGUUUGAUUAAUAAAACCUCCAAAAUAAC